AUGUUGAAAAUCAUUGCUUUACUUGCUAUCUGCAUUUCAGUUACUUUGGCCUCUACUUGUGCCACCACUGGUUGCCCCGCAGACCGUGGUUGCUAUGGUACUAUAAAUGCUACCCCUGCCUGCUAUAAAUAUGGUAAUUGUGGUAUCGUACCUUGUCCACACGGUCAAUCCUGUUUGGUAAUUGGUGGUCAUGCUCAAUGUGUAGUUCCAACACACUGCCCAGCUUGCAACUCAAACCAAGCGUGUGCUUUUGCUUCUGGAAAUUGUGGAAUUGUUCCUUGUUCACCUGGUUGCUACACUUAUGGAAAUUGUGGCAUCGUACCAUGUCCACACGGUCAAUCCUGUUUAGUUAUUGGUGGUCACGCACAAUGUGUUCAUGCUCUCUAA